CGUGGGCUUCUCAUUGCGUUGGCUUUUCUUGUGGCGGAGCACAGGCUCCAGGCACAUGGGCUCAGUAGUUGUGGCUUGGGGGCUCUAGAGCGCAGGCUCAGUAGUUGUGGCGCACGGGCUUAGUUGCUCCGCCACAUGUGGGAUUUUCCUGGACCGGGGCUUGAACUCGUGUCCCCUGCAUUGGCAGGUGGAGUCUUAACCACUGCGCCAGCAGGGAAGCCCACUUCUGGCUUUGUAUUGAGAGUUUUCAGUGACCUCCAGUCAGGCAGAGCUCGGGAUCUGGGGGUGGGAAAGCCCUGAGGGAAGCUUCAGUAGCUGAGCGGGGUUGGAGCUAAGCUUGGACCGCUGCGGGAAUCCCCACCUGCCUGGGCGGGUGGUCCCUGAGAGCCUGCUUCCGCUCUCUGCAGAGCGGACUAAGCCCAGCUUGACUCUCAUUGGCUUAACGGAGGUAAGUGACAGAUCCCGAGCCAAUGGAAGGUAAAAGCUGCCCAGCACCCGCCUAAUUCGGGUGCUGCUUCUAGGGCCUCAGGCCCGCGCGUGUCCAGUAGCGAGCUGCCGCCAUCCCAGACUGAGAGGACUGACAGGCGGCGCCCGUCACUGGGGUCGCUUGUCGCCAACCCCUCAGUUCUUUCUGAUCGUCCCCCAAGUGCUUCUAAUACUGACUCCGCGGCCCCGCGCGUGCCUGCGGAGGACGGGACCAUCUGGCCCAACGAGCCCACGCCCACCGAAGGUUUCGCCCACUCCCCGCCGGAGGCCGCAGCGGCCUAGCGUAGGCCUUGGGACCUGUUUGAUCGAGCUAGGACUGGACAGGCCGCGGCGGAGACCGCCCGAACCGAGGUGAGGCAGCUUCAGUGUACCGCAAGGGCUCAUCUGGAAGAAUCUCUUCGAGUUCUAGCCUUAACCCUCCGUCCCGCCGGCCGCCCCAGCCAGGUCGCAGCCAGCAGAGGGCGCUGCCGGGCAUGGCCGAGGAGCGUCGCGGGGCCUGGUUCGGCUUCGGUUUCUGCGGCUUCGGGCAGGCGCUGGGCUCGGGGGGUGGGCGCCAGGUACACAGUCCCGAGCCUCUGAGGGCGCCAGGUGCGGGCCUCGAUGUCUGCCGCGUGAGCGCGAGCUGGAGCUACACCGCCUUCGUGACCCGUGAGCGCCCCCCUUCCGGCGCCAUCCCGACCCCAGCCCUGGGUGCGUGUCCCGCCCCCUCCCCAGCCAGCUCUCCACCCCCCGCAGGUGGAGGAGGCCAGGUGGAGCUGUCUGGCUUCGCCGUCGGAGCGGUGGGCGGCUGCAGGGACGCAUGGGCGUCGGAGGAGCUCCUGGUGGUGCUGCGGGCGGGGCCGGGACCCGGGGCCGGGACGGAGCUGCAGGCCUGGGCGCCCGGUUCGGCGCUGCGCGGGGAGCCCCUCUGGGCCCAGACCGUGCCGGAGGCCGAGCGGGAAGACGGACCGGGCGGCGAUGAGACCCAGGCUGGGCCGCUGCCGCUGCUGCCCUGCGCUCGCGCCUACGUGAGUCCGCGGCCGCCCUUCUACCGGCCUCUGGCCCCGACACUGCGGGCGCGCCGGCUGGAGCUGGGCGCUGAGCACGCGUUGCUGCUGGACGCGGCGGGCCAGGUGUUCUCCUGGGGCGGGGGCAGGCACGGACAGCUGGGCCACGGGACUCUGGAGGCAGAGCCGGAGCCGAGGCUGCUGCAGGCACUGCAGGGCCUAACCAUGGCUGAGGUGGCCGCAGGUGGCUGGCACUCUCUGUGUGUGAGUGAGGCUGGGGAUAUUUAUAUCUGGGGCUGGAAUGAAUCAGGGCAGCUGGCCCUGCCCACCAAGAGCCUGGCAGAGGAUGGAAAGACAACCUCAGAAGCCUCAGGACUGAAUGAAGAUGGUUCUGAAGUGAAGAGAGUAGCCGGGGGUGAGGAUGGAGCCCCCACCCCCUUCAUAGCUGUCCAGCCCUUCCCGGCUUUACUGGACCUCCCCCUGGGCUCAGAUGCAGUCAAGGCCAGCUGUGGAUCCCGGCACACAGCAGUGGUGACAAGAACGGGGGAGCUCUACACCUGGGGCUGGGGAAGCUCUACUGAUGUCACAGUCCGCCUGACUGCUCUUGGCUACCAGAAAUGAAUUAGCCUUAACCCUUUAAAGACAGUCUCCUCCUCCUAGGUUGACUCCACUGAGAUACCCAGGCAGUUCUUUCUGGAACAGGGAGAAGGACCUGAGACCUUAUUGGUACCACAUUAGCCACUGUGUGCUGUCCUUGCACCCACAUCUAUUCUAAUUACCUUCCCAAACUCCACGUUUGUCUUCAUUUUUAUGAUCCCAACACUGUUUUUACCGGUUCUAGCCAGGGAUAUGUUUUGGGGUCCCUCUGUCAUUCAUGUCAUGCUUGCUGGUGUCCUCAUUCAAGUCCGAUUUGUGCUGGACCACAGGACAGCAACCUCUCAGCAAAGUACACAGAUAAACAUGGCAUGCCCUGAAUUUGACUACGCUCUCUUGAUAUUCCAGCUGUGGAUACAUCUCUUCUCAAGUGGCCAUUCUGGCUCGUUCAGGGAUAUGUAGCUUUCGGGUAUGAAAAAAUCCACAGAGGCAGGUUUUUUGGGUAACUUUUCCUUAUAUCACUAGUCACUUUUGUUUCCUAAGUAGCUCUCUUCAUUUUCUUUCAAAGAAAGAAUGGAAUGAUAUCGUCUAUGCCUAGCUCAGAGUUUAAAAAAAUUUUUGUGUCCUACAAAUUGAUAGUAAGAGGCUUGUUUUUGAUUAAAACAUUGCAACACUUAGCUGCUUCACCUCUCAACAGGGCAACUCUUCACGUAAGUGAAAAUUGCUUUGCUGGAACCAAGUAACUAGGCAGCACACUUUCCCCAUUUCUCAUGUCCAGUAUCAGCCCUACAAGGAAACUUUCCACCUGUAGCCCCAAAUCAAAGUUCUUCCCUAAAUCUCAGACCCAAGCAGGAUCCCCUGACACCCUGCCAUGUACCUGAAAUGGCUCGACAUGUAGCUCACUGCACAGAGUGUUCAGCUCUUUUUGACAGAUGGCUAUGCUUUUGAUGAGCCUUUCCUUCAGGUCUUCCUCUUCAGCAAUCAUCCUAUCCAGGAGGUCCUACGAGAGAUAAAACAGUCCCAUAAAAUUUUGGGUGUUUUCUCCAUUGGCCUCAAACAACAAAUAACACCAAAACCCUCAUAAUUUCAAAUUUUAAAGGAAGGACUUAAACAAAACCAGGACUUCCCUGGCGGUCCAGUGGUUAAGAUUCUGCACUCCCAAUGCAGGGGGCACAGGUUCGAUCCCUGGUCGGGGAACUAGGAUCCUGUAUGCUGCACGGCGCGGCCAAAACAAACAAACAAACAAAAAACCAGGAGGAGCCUGUGACAUCCUAGUGUCACUUCUAUAUGCUAUCUUAGAUGAGAAACCAACAUCCUUACCCCUGUCCCACUACAAAGAGAUCAGUAUUACUCAACUCACCUUGAU